AUGACUGUUUCAAUAAACGUAACUCAAGUUGUAGGUCUCGUAUGCGAGGCGCUUUUGUAUGGAGUCUACUGCGUGCUAUUCAUCAUCUCUGUCGUAAUCCUCAUCAGACGCCGUCGAGUGUCUAACCGAGUGAUUUGGAUUGCAAACUGCCUCCUAUUUGCAACAUCGACGGCUCAUUUUGCGUUGAUGUUCAACCACUUGUAUAUCGCACUCGAAAACGCGCCGUUCUCGGAUUUUGGAAACGAAACUUAUGAAUUAAUGGGAGCAAAUUUGAUGAUUUCUGUGGUCGACCUCAUUGGAGACUUGCUUCUACUCUAUCGAUGCUGGCUUGUCUGGGAGAAGAAUUUCUAUAUGAUUGUUCUUCCUCUGCUCACCGCUCUUGGGGGAUUUGGGUGUAUCCUCCCCAUACCAUCUCUUCUAUUGUCAAUCGACCCGACAUCACCAACUCCUCCAACUAAGCUCGUACCCUUCGCUAUUGCUGGAUAUACUUUACCUCUUUGCACAAAUGUCAUGGUCACUGGGCUCAUCGCUGGUCGCCUUUGGUACAUAUCUCGCAUUCCUAUCGUCGAUGAGCAUGGAAAGCCAGUGACCUUGAAAAUCGCAGCUGGCGGGCGCUCGAUGAUGCUAAUCAUCGAAAGCGGUGCUCUGUAUAUGGUCACACAAUUCAUCUUUGUCGUUCUCGUGGCCACUCGAAAUCCUGCCGAGGCGAUAUUAAGUCUGGCUGGGACACAGAUAUAUGGUAUCGCGUCCACCUUGAUCAUAAUUCGUGUUGGGCUUGGCAUUUCGUCUGAGCAGACUACUAUGUCGACGAUAACUCAAGUAGAGUUUCGUUCCCAACGACAAGACACGGGGAUGCGCUCAGUUGGCACGUGGAGAAAUGAUCACUCCUUUAGCUCUCCAUUAGCUGCACAAUUGGGCGUGGAACAGUGGUCAUCGGGUCCGCCUUUGAAUCCUUGA